GUCCAAGUAGACGGCCACCGCAACGGCCGUGCGUAUACCGCUUUCGUUGUUAUAUCAUAACAUAAAAGUGUUUAUAGAUGAAGUGUUGAACUAAAGUGUUUUGAGAAUUAAAUUGACGGCGCUUUACGAGAUAUGUAAAUAAGACACGCGAGCGAAAAUGCGUAUGCGACAUAUAUUAAUAGUUUACUGAAAAAUGUGCAACAAUAAUAAUAAAAUGGGUAGUGGGAAGUUUGGACUGAGCGUUAAAAAGGAAAAAGUGAACAUGACGGAGGCUAAUAAGACUGAGUUUAGUGUUAAGGAAAAAUGCCUCAAGUUAAAGAAGAAACUGACAAAGACUGAAAAAAUGAAGACUGAAACAAAUUCAAAGGAGAAGACUAUAUGGUGGAAUCAGUGCAGCAGUUUAAGCGAAAUAGACCAAUAUCUAUGGAUGGUGGGUGGCUCUGCCGGUGCACUGGCACUAACUGGUGUCGCUGCUGCAUCAGCCUUCUAUCUCAGCACAAGGCCGAAACCAGAGAAGCCUUUAGUCACGUUACACGAACAAAGCCUCUUGGAGACGGGGCCUGAAAUGGUUCGUGUUUCAAAGUUCUAUAAAGAAGCGAAAAACGGCCGUUACCUGAGAUAUCUGCACGACGACACUCGUACACUAUAUGAAACUUUUAGACGCGGUGUGAAAGAAUCUAAUAAUGGCAACUGUCUCGGUUGGCGCGAGGGACCAAAUAAGCCUUAUGUGUGGCAAACAUACAAUGAGACCCUGCUGCGUGCCAAGAACUUCGGCUCAGGUCUUGUAUGCCAAGGCCUUGUCCCGGGUCAGGGCACCUUUGUGGGAAUAUACGCACAAAAUUGCCCCGAAUGGAUUAUGGCCGAACAAGCUGCAUAUUGUUAUUCAAUGGUUAUAGUCCCACUAUAUGAUACCUUAGGAGCCAAUGCAUGUGCCUUUAUUAUUAACCAAACCGAAAUGUCCGUAGUAGUAUGCGAAGACGAUAAGAAAGCCAAUCUUCUCCUGGACCAGUCGCCCCGGUGUUUGCGUAAACUGAUCACGAUAAAGGAAGUAUCGCCGUCUACACAUCAAAGGGCAAAGAGUCGUGGUGUUGAAAUUAUUAAGUUUAGCGAUGUAGAGAUUCUAGGAGCGCAGAAAGAUCACCCAUGUGUUCCACCAAAACCAGAAAACCUCUGCACAAUCUGCUACACGUCUGGCACGACUGGCAUGCCGAAGGGCGUGAUGCUGAGCCACGAAAAUGUAGUCGCCUCAAUGUGCAGUGUUACCAUGCAACUAGGAGAACAUCGCCCCACCAAAAAUGAUGUCAUGAUCUCCUUCCUACCACUCGCGCAUAUGCUCGAGCGGUGCUGUGAGAACGCUCUCUAUAUGGUAGGCGGAGCUGUAGGUUUUUACAGCGGUGAUAUUAGAAGAUUAGGCGAUGACCUCGCUGCACUCAAACCAACUAUGAUGCCAGCUGUUCCCAGACUAUUAAAUAGAUUAUAUGAUAAGGCCCAAAAUGAGAUAUCCAACUCCAAAAUUAAAAAGUUACUAUUCAAUAUGGCCUUAUCAGCCAAGGAGUCUGAACUAAAGAGAGGUAUAAUCCGAGGCGAUUCUAUUUGGGACAAACUGGUAUUCCGCAAGGUCCGCGAAGGUAUGGGAGGCAGAUUGCGUAUUAUAGUGGUGGGUUCUGCCCCGCUUGCUGGAAAUGUCUUGACCUUCGCGAGAUGCGCUCUUGGAUGUCUGAUCGUGGAAGGCUACGGUCAGACAGAGUGUACUGCGCCUGUCACUCUAACAGUUCAGGGGGAUCACGUGCCUGAACAUGUUGGGCCUCCCGUCGCUUGUUGUAAAGUGAAGUUAGUGGACGUCCCAGAAAUGGAGUACUAUGCAUCUCAAGGUCAAGGCGAGGUAUGCGUGCAGGGUGCCAAUGUGUUUAAAGGUUACUUCAAGGAACCGGAGAAGACCAGACAGGUCAUUGACCAGGAUGGAUGGCAUCAUACUGGAGAUGUCGGCAAGUGGAUGCCGAAUGGAACCCUAAAAAUUAUAGACAGAAGAAAACACAUCUUUAAACUAUCUCAAGGCGAAUAUAUUGUGCCAGAAAAGAUCGAAAACAUUUACAUUCGAAGUCAGUACGUCGAACAAGUCUUCGUCCAUGGUGAAUCAUUAAAGUCAUGCGUAGUAGGUGUAGUUGUGCCAGAUGUAGAUGUGGUGAAAUGCUGGGCGCUUGAGAAUGGUAUAAAGGGUACAUUCUCAGCCCUCUGCGAGGACGAGCGUGUUAAAAGCAUCAUUCUUGAAGAUAUGCUGCAGUGGGGACGCAACGCUGGCCUUAAAACUUUCGAGCAGGUCAAAGACAUAUAUUUACACCCCGAUCCAUUCUCAGUUCAGAACGGUCUUUUGACCCCCACGAUGAAAGCGAAACGACCAGAGAUCAGAAACUAUUUUAAACCACAAAUCGACGAUAUGUACAAAAAACUCGAAUAAAAUUAUGUUACGAGCAAACGUUUGAAAUUAGUUUUAAAGUGUUUUCUUUUCAACUAAGAACUGUUAUGACAAAAUUAAGUCAUGUAUUAUCACUGUACGAUGCUAAAUAAAUAUCUAAUGCGUGAAUGAUAUCUUUUUAGCAAAAUAUUUGAUUAUAUAAAUAAACAAACUCCCUUAUUAGAAACCCGAGAAUUGUACUCGCAAUAAUGAGUGUUUUUGUUUUACAUAAGCUAAAGUUUCCCAAAUGAAACUUAUAUCUACCCACCCAGUGUUGGUUUUAUUUAUACUUAAGAUUUUUUUUUAUUUGUAUCGAUUAUUUGUACUGUCAUUGUCGUGUGACAGCUAUUAUUAAAAACGAAUGUCCAAAAAUAUAACAGAAAUACUUUAUAAAAGCUUUGAACAUUUCUAAGAAUCUAUAUAAAAAAAAAAAAUUCAUUCUGAUCACAUAACACUGAUUUUAUAUCAUUUCACAGCGAACACAGUCCCUAAGAAGACGUUUUGAAAAAUGAUUUAUAUUUUAAUAACCUGCAAGUUAAUUAUCUAAUUAAAAUAUAUUAAUUAAAACAAAUUGUACCUUAUUAUAAGCAUAGAUGCAUUGUACUCUUAGAUCAUAGCAUCUAUUAUGGCAAUAAUGAAACGAGUGUUUCAAAAGUCAAUUAUUAAAUCAAUUGUAUGUGUAUCUUUUUUAUCCAGUUUCUCUGUAAUUAUUUUCUAUUACAAUAGAAUCAGAUUAAUAACAUACAGUAUCGACCUUUGAGCUAUUUAAAAAGUAUUAACAAGCUUGUUAUUAAAGAUGGCGUGUCUCAAAUAAAUCCAGUUUCGCUUUGAUAAGAUUUUUUGUUUAUGGUUGUUAGAUUAACCUUUUAUGAUAUCACAAUAUCUUGGUUCAAGUAGGUUAUUGUUAUACCUAUACGUUAUACCUGGACGUUAUACCUAUUUGACUCCGAAAUUUUUCUUUUUGUUUAACAUAUGUAUAUAUAUGUUAUAUACACAACAAUCACAGAAUUUAUCUGACACAUUUUAUUAUGGGAAUCUAAAUUAUUUUUUAUAUUUUUUGCGGCUUGUAAAUUGUGAUACAUUGUAUGUAAUUAUCAGAUGCUAGUGAAAUGUGCUGCUAAUAGUAAUACAGCCUCAAAUUUUCAGCCACAUUAAUACAAAUCAAACAUAUAUUUUUUUCAUUUUUUCAUCUGACAUAUAAACCAGUGUAAAAGUAGAAAUAUUGUACAGAGGCUAUUUUGAAGAUUCAUUUUUAUUUUUAAAGCAUUUCUUCGACUACGACCUGAUUUUUUUUUUAUAAAUGCCAAAAAAAGCUAAAGUAGUGUUUGUGUUUUUAUAAUAUUCACAUAAUGAACGCCUCAUGAAGUAUUUAGAGUUAAAUUCAGUUAUAAUAUUUUCCUAUUAUUGUGUGAUGAAAAGUGAGAAUGAAUCUCUUAUUGUUUGUAUGUUUGCAUAUUUUGCAUAACUUUUAGAUAAUUAAUUCUACGGUCCACUGAGCUUGGUGUAUGUUUUAUGGAUUUCGCUUGUAUCUUUUGUCUCAAGACGUGAACCUAUUGUACUUAGUUUGACGUUAUACUAGAAACUAGUGGACUAUAGUUGGUAACAUUCAUUCAACAAUUUUAUAAAGUUAAUAUCUUCUUUAUACUUUGAUUCUCUUGAUUCAAAAUAAAAAGAGAUGGAUAAUUUCCUGUCUUAGAAAAUACUAAGUGUGUUUUUUGUAUCAGUGGAUGUUAACUUUAUAAACUAUUCUAUGGAAAGCGUACUCGUAAGUUAAAUACCGCACCUGUAGAUAUAUUAAGUUAAGAUUUCUGCUUUGAGCAAACGUUAUGGUUUCAUGUUCGAACCACAAUUUUGUUGUUAUUGGUGCAAGUCGUACUACAAUAAUUUAUUUUUAAAUAAAAAAUAAUUCUA